CGACGGGACCGCAAUGAUGAGAUAAAUAGCAGCCUCAUCUAUUUCUUUUAAAGUAUUACGGGUCUGAUUGAGCGGUAACCGCCCGGCGGCUCGGCGGCUCGGGGAGCUGCUGACACGCUCGUCUGCUUCAGAGGGCUGCUUGGAAGAAUAAUGGACGAGACCCGUCACUAGCACUUGAUGAACGUUUUGAUCGACUCUUCACGCUGAAUUAUGGAGGGCAGUGAUGACGCGUCUGGAACCGCGACACAGCCGCAGACUGAUGUGUGCAGCGCUGAGGUGGGAGGAAGAGAAGUCGCCAGUGAAGUGGAGGAUGGAGCAACUCCGCUCGUUCCUGCCGACUCCUGUGACGGCAGCGCGACAGAACUGAACAAAGGAGGCCUCUCCAACCUGGUGGAGCCCCCUGCUCCGUCAGUGGUGAAUCCCACUGGUGAAUCUCCAGGAGGUGUGUCGCUUAAAGUCGCCACAACCGUGCUGCACCCAGUGUGUCUGGGGGAGAGCCCACUGAUGCUGCCCAUUCACCUCCAGAUGGCCGGAGCAGCCGGGCCUCAGCUCGGCCAAAUGGGGGCAGCACCGUACUUGAUAACAAGCCAAAGCCCCGUUUCGCUUCCCUUGGUCUUGGAUCAGCAAGUCAUCCAGCACAUGAGUCCUUCUGUAAUCCCUCAGGCCGCUAACUGCCCCCAGCUGCCGCUCCAGAACAACGUCCUGUGUCAGAAUCCUUUGACGUUUGGUUUGCCUCCAGGUGUCGACCAGAAGUCAGCGGGACAAACGCAGGAUGCUAACCUGCUCUCUCUCCUCCAGAAUCCAGCUUUUGCUGCCAUCUUGCAGGACCUCUUCCCUUCCCAGGCCGGUUCAUCAACCUGUCAGUCACCAGGCUCUACCUUCUUCCCCCUUCCUCCCCUCACACCUCCCUACACCUCCCCUCUGGCCCCGUUCGUCCCUCCUGCCACACUUCUAGUCCCCUACCCCGUCAUCAUCCCCUUGCCAGUGCCUCUGCCCAUCCCUCUCCCCAUCCCCAUUCCUGUCCCUCAGCCUGAGGACUCAAAGGGGAACAUGCCAAAACCAGUUUGCACUGUGAGUAAAAGCACUCAGACUUCUCCACAAGAUACUACCUCUCCUUCGUUGUCUUCGGGCAGAUGCGUGCCACCGCUCCAGCCACAAAAUGUGUCGCCAUCCUCACUUCCUCUAGAUGAAGGACAGGCCUUAGAUCUUUCUGUCAGGGCGUGUCCAGUUGAACCAAAACAGGAAUACCCCAGCCUGCAGCAGGACAGUGUGCUUGACUUGUCAGUGCCUGGUGUGAGGAAAAAGUCAUGUCGCUCCAGCUGCUCACCAGGACACAGAGAAUCAGCCUUCCAGUCCAGUCAGGAUACAGGUGGUACGUCGUUGUCUCUGGGAGUUGAAUGCACUCAGAGUUUAGAUUCCAAACUCCUGGGCAGUCUGGCUUCACUGGAGUUCAGCCGGCAGCACAAGUGGGUGGUUGACAGCAGUGCCGGUGGGUCCAGCUCUCUGAGCCAGGAGGCGUCUCUCAGCGGGUCCGGAAACCUCGAGAUAGUCAGCACCUCGCAGACGGCCAAGGUCAUCGUCUCUGUGAAGGACGCGAUCCCCGCCAUCCUGUGCGGGAAGAUAAAAGGCCUCUCGGGAGUCUCCACCAAGAACUUCUCCAUCAAACGGGACGGCAGCCAGGGUGCGUCUCUGCAGCAGCUCUACGGAGUGCCGUCGGCGUCGCAGGCGGAGCAGCGCGACCCCAACGACCCGCUCAAAAAGGUCCCUAAAAACAGAGCUAUCAAACUGAAGAAGGUCAGCUCGCAGGAGAUCCACUUCCUUCCCAUUAAGAAGCAGAGACUGGCAGCGCUGCUCCCCAGGAAGUGAGAGUGCUCGGCGGAGGGGGAUUAAUUGCUGGAGCGCUCUCUGGUAAUCCCUCCGGCGCGUGUAACAUAAAACACAUGUGGGGACAUUCUGUAAUCAAACUCAUACACUUAAACGUCCAAUCAGAGCUCAGAGUUUGGCUCCAAAUGUUGCUGAAACUGAGGCUCGCGAAUGUGCGACGGUGUGACGCAGAGGUUCCAGAGGAGGUUUCUGUCGGAGCCUUUCUGAAGUGCUGUGUUGUUUUGUAAUGCACUACUCUACAGUGUUACACUAAACCAGAAAUGUUUUUUUGUGUAUGGCAGCUUAAUGGGCUCUCCAUGUGGCUUUGGAGUUUCUCUUUAUAAAUCAGAGAUGUUAAAGAACAGUUUUGACUUUUUAAUUACAGCAGAGACACAUGGGUUCCAUUUUUCCAUUUUGGUUCAUGGUUUGUUUCCAUGUGUAAUUUUUCUUUGAGUGCACUGAGGACCUGAAAAAGCUGGUAGCUGUUCAGAGCGCAGCAGUAUCUACUGAGACCAUUAAACCGCGUCCCAUCAUCGGAAAUUCCCACAGUCACCAGUAGCUCAGUGGAGCGGUGUCUUUCUGAUUGGCAGGGGACCUGGCGAGGCCACAGCUACGAUUUCAUUAAAAUGAAUGUUGGCAACAGACGCCUUUCACGACGAAAUACAUUCUGACUUUGUUAAACGGCAGGAAAAAAAAAAAGAAAAAGGGAAGUCUUAAUUGUUUUCACAUUUAAACAGCUUUCUACAGGCCCGUCCAAAUGUAAGGAAAAUAUGUGUGGACAGAGCUGUUUCUGCUGCGGGCUGAGUUAGCCUCACAGCAAGUGAAUAAGACACGAUAACCCCCGGCUGUUUCCACUGACAGACUCUUAUUAGGUGGAAGUUUUGAUGCUGAUUUCACCGUUUAAAUCAACUGAAAAUGUGAAGGGGAGACUUAGUAGAAGGGAACAGCCAGAUCAAGGAAGAAGUGAUGAGCUUUUCCUUCAGUGAGAGAAAACACUGUUCAUGUAUUUGUGUGUGUUAGUCUGUUCUUAGAGUCAGUACUGGUAACCCCCCCCCCCCUUUUUUUAUCAGACAUGUUGGUGUAAAACAUUGCUUCCCAGUAGUUUGGUGUCACUUUCAUUGUUUUGUGCAGCAUGGUGUUUCUUCUGUCCCCAUGAUGAUGAUGAUGAUGAUGAUGACCCGAGUUGUGAAUGUGGAGAACGUGUUGUGUGUCAGUUCAUUCCUCCUGCUGAGUGUGCACUUUGUCCUAGCUUAGUUGGACACAGUUACAGGGUGUCCCACCUAUUCCACGAAGACUCCGCUGCCCCCGUCGCGAUCACAGCGCUUUUGAGAAUCUGUGAAUUACAGGCCAAGAACUAAUAACAGCCACAUGCAGACUGUCUGGAUGAACAGAGGAGGGAUGGAAAAUGCAUUAAUCUUUCUUUUUUUUUUUUUUUACCAGUUCUUUAUUUAUAUUGACGCCUGCAGUCCACCCAUCACAAAGCUCUUUUUCCCACCGUGAAGUAGUUUGAAAUGUUUUACCACCCUAAUUUAUUCUUCAUACAACAUUAAUUUAUACGGUCUGUGUAUAUACUGGACGGUCGGUCAGGAGACAAAGUGUGACUGGAUAUAUUAAAAAAAACCAAAACAAAAAAAAAACAGCUUCCUUUGUAACUGUCAGCCUCCUGAAGCACCUUUGGCUUAUGAAACUGUUGUUUUAAUGAAGAUGUUAGUGAAGAAACACAGUUGAAACGCUGGCAGUUAAAUGUUUGCUUACUGUACAGUAUGUGUGCUUUUUAUAUGGAAGUGAACUAAAAUCUCCAAGGUCUAAAUUCCCUUGUCUGCCUUUUCUUGGUGGUAUUUUCUGUGUGAAAGGUGAGAUUUCUCCGUUUGAAA